AUAACCUGUAUAUAUUUCUCUAAAACAACAGGUUUCACUCUGAAGAAUGGAAGAUUUCAACAUUACCAACACCUCACAGGACGACUUCUAUGAUUACAUCAACACUGCCUACGACUACGAUGAAAACAGCACUGUCGACCACGAUCAUGAAAAAGUCUAUCGCAUCAUGAAUGUGGUGACGUGCAUAAUCAUUUCUGUCGGCCUUCCUUUGACCCUCGUGGCCAUCUACGCUCUUUAUUCUAUGGUUCGAGGUAAUCAUGUUGCUCCGAUCUACGUCAUCAACCUUCUCAUUUCUGACCUCAUCCAGUUCUGCUCCAUGAUCGCUGAGGUGGCAGCACCUGAAGAUCACAAGAUGAUUGGAUAUAUUUUUCAUCUUUUAAGCCUGUUUGCCAGUAUCGGCUUCAUGGUGUGUAUCGCCCUGGAAAGGUAUUUGGUCAUCACCUGCCCACUGUGGUACCGCUUCAGACGAACCAUCAAGAUCUCUGUGGCGGUCUCUGUAGCGGUCUGGGUCCUUUCUCUUGCCUUAAGCCUCCCUUUAUUUUUAGGGGCUAGUUAUACGGCAGAGAAAAUCCUCUUCAGCGUCUUCCUCCUCUUUCCCCUUCCACUGUUGAUUUUCUUCUUGGGUGGGACCAUCAGAGCUCUGUCUGCCAGUCGUGUCCCCUCUGAUGAAAAACGACGAAUUGUUGGAGUUUUGGUUCUGGUGCUGCUUAUUUACACGCUGCUGUUUCUGCCCACCAUCAUGUUGGCCGUGGCAAAGGAUGACACCUUAAAUACCUGGACGCUCGGCAACCUGUCGGCCAUGUUUGUUCGGCUGAGUCCUCUUGCAGACUUACUUCUGUAUGUUUUCAUGAGGAAGGGGAUCAUAGACAAGCUUCUGGCUGCUGUGUGUUGUUGCAGAAUGGACAGCAACGACAGCAACAGAACGAACAGCUGUGAUAUAUGA